AUGGAAGACACAACAGACCGCAGCUCAAAUGCCAGUCGUUCAUGCGCUUGCAACAUUUGUUCGCUCCACCCCCACCUAAAAGCAGCUCUGAAAAGUAUGCAACCGCCCGAACUGCGGCUGUACUCCCGUGCUGAGCUGCUGGAGCUUCUUGAAAAGGACAUCUCCAAUAUCUCUGACGAGAAGCAAAAACUAGUGGUUGCAUCAGAGGAGAGUUGGUGGCAUCUCUGCUCAGCAGAUCCGACGUUCCCCUUCUACGUUAUUCCCACGAAAGAAUUUGUUGCUGCUCUCGCCUCUUAUUUGGCUACUCGUGUUGAAUCCAUUCGAAGGAGAGCCAUCGGAACGGCCAGCAACUGCCGCUGCAGCGCGGAUGACUCCCCAGAAGACUGCAGCAGCUGCUGCAGUCGUUGGGACGCAAAUAGACCCAUUACCCUCUUGGAAUGUGGAGCGGGCACGGGCAUUCUUGCCGCGCACCUGCUACCGCUGCUGCAGCAGCAGCUCCAGCCACUGCAGCAGCAGCUCCGGCCACUGCAUCACCGAGACACAAGCACUACACUUGUCCCCAAACAGCAGCAGCAGCAGCAGGAGGCGCGGAGUGCCGAAUCAGCAAUGGAAAGGCAUUCUCCGCAGCUAGUCAUUUGUUGCUGGAUGCCCUUCAAUGUAGACUGGACUGCGAAGGCUCGCGCCAAUUGCUGCGCCUGCUGCCGAUACAUGCACCGUGAAAACAGCGGGCGUACUGAGCUGCAACAGCACAGCCAUUCCCACUGCCAAGUGCAGGAGUACAUUUUAAUAGGGCACGCAGAAGGAGGACUCGUGGGACGCCCGCUUGAAACGUGGGGAAUGCGCUGCUCAGAUGCGGGUCUGUUGCCUCUUGGCGUUGACUAUGAAGUCCCUCAGUCGCUGCCACCGCUCCAGCAGCACAGUGCGUCCUGCAGGCCCUCAGAAGAAAUCUAUGAUCCUGGGGUUGAUGAGCAAGCACUGAAAGAGUCAGAAAAGGAGAAAAAAGAGGGCUGCAAGAGGCGUAGGGAAAGUACAGAAGGGGAUGACGGGGACACAAGGGAGUGGAAAUCUGCAAACAACUUUCGCUCCCUUCCACCGGAUGUUCCGGCAGCCGAAGAUGCGCUAAAUCAAACACCAUGCGGCGGUUUGGGAAGCAUAAGCAAUGCUUGUUCUACACAGCAGCCAAUCGAAUGCGAAUUCGGGGGCAUGCGAAUGGGGCAGCAACUGUUGCCUCUGCAAGACCGACCGUAUUACCGGGAGGGCUUUGUCCGGCUUCCGCCGCUGCCAAAUGAGAAGGAUGAAGAAGCAGGGAUGGAUGACGGAACAGAGAGCAGUCUGCUUCUAGAGGAGCUGUGGCGUGCACAGCCUCUCAGCCGGUUUGAUUCGCUCUACAGCCUACGUGCCACGUUCCCCCCAGUGUCUCAAAUCGUUGUGUUCCGUCGCAAGAGCAGCAUGCGAAGCACUUAA